CUGUAGUCGCGCUGCGCUUUAUUGCUCUUGACGCGCUGGUUGAAGCGACAGUGUGCGCCCAGUUUUACGGAUUAGGGGUCCGGGUUUAUAGGCGAGGAGGGGCACAAGCGGCUGCUCCGGAAGACCUAGUUUGUUGCAAUCUACUUCCAGCUCAGUACAGUGGGGGUCGGCAUCAGAUGUGUCCCAGCACUGUCUGCUAGAAAGGCGACAUUCUGAGGCUAGAAAAUGAGCAGCUCGGAGGAGGUAUCCUGGAUUAGUUGGUUUUGUGGUUUAAGAGGCAAUGAAUUUUUCUGUGAGGUGGAUGAAGACUAUAUCCAGGAUAAGUUUAACUUGACAGGACUCAAUGAGCAGGUCCCACACUAUAGACAGGCACUGGACAUGAUACUGGAUUUAGAACCUGAUGAGGAGUUGGAAGAUAAUCCCAAUCAAAGUGACCUAAUUGAACAAGCCGCAGAGAUGUUAUAUGGACUGAUCCAUGCCCGUUACAUAUUGACUAAUCGUGGCAUUGCCCAGAUGCUGGAGAAAUAUCAACAGGGAGAUUUUGGCUACUGUCCCAGAGUAUACUGUGAGAACCAGCCCAUGCUACCUAUUGGUCUCUCAGAUAUUCCUGGGGAAGCUAUGGUAAAACUGUAUUGUCCUAAGUGUAUGGAUGUUUACACCCCCAAAUCCUCACGCCAUCAUCACACUGAUGGAGCAUAUUUUGGCACUGGAUUUCCACACAUGCUGUUUAUGGUUCACCCCGAGUAUAGGCCUAAGAGGCCAGCCAAUCAGUUUGUCCCAAGGUUAUAUGGCUUCAAAAUUCACCCUAUGGCAUACCAGCUUCAGCUACAAGCAGCCAGCAACUUUAAAAGUCCUGUGAAGACUAUGCGUUGAGUCUUUCCUAUUAUAUGGAUUAUACAUGGGGUCUGCACACCCCAUAAACCCUAUUUCCUUCCAUCGACAAUGAAAGAUGUCUGUUUCAGUGUAUUAUUUGCCCACAAUUUUGAUUUUAGUCCUGUUAAAGUGUAUUCCUGCAAUUUCCAGUUGUGGUUAAAUAAAAUUCUAAAGAAUC